AUGAAGAAAACCAUCGUCCCUGAAGAUGAUAUCGUCUCUGAAGAUGAUAUCGUCUCUGAAGAUGAUAUCGUCUCUGAAGAUGAUACCGUAUCUAAUGAUGAUUCCCAAGCAGAAAAUUUAAUUUCUUUCAUUUCCUCAUUGGACAAAAAAAGAAAACGAGUCGAUAAUGAUAAUCCUAUAGAAAAACAUAAAAAGCAGAUCAAAGAACGUACAGAAGCUUAUGAAGAAUCUGAAUAUAAUUUAACAACUAGAGAAUCUUCAACUGGCAAAAAAAAAGUUAAUUUCCACGAUCUAAUAGGCACAGUUCAAGAGGAGGCUGGAUUUAGCGGAUUAAAACAAAAAUUAGCAUCGCUUGAAAGUGGCGGUAAUAAAGGAACUUAUAAAGAACCUUUACCAGCCCCUUUACCUCAAAAUAUUCAGAAUAAAUUGAAUAGACAAGUUGCUUAUGAAGAAACUAAGAAAGAUAUUAGUAAAUGGGAACCAAUUGUUCGGCAGAAUCGUGAGUCCGAUCAUUUGAAAUUCCCAAUGAAUCAAAUUCCUGAACAUACACCAACAAUUGGUCCUUCAACAACACUUGAGAAAGAAGUUGAUUCUAUAUUAUUAAAAAGUGGGAUGAAAGAAAAGGAUAUUCAAAAAUAUGAAGAUAUUCAAUUAAAUAAAUUAUCUGUUGAUGAAGUUGCUGCUCGGCGUAGAGAACUUCGUCAAGAACGAAUGAAAUUAGAAACUGCUCGAGCGAAAGAGCGUAUGACUUUAAAGCACAAAAAUACCAGUAAAUGGGCUAAACAAGCGCUUAAACAUGGUCGACAUGAUUCAGAAAGUCGUCAAGCAAUUAUUGAACAAUUACAGCAGCAUGAAGAUUUGAAACGUAAAAUUCAUGACCUUGGUUCUGAUGAAGAAUUGGAUGAUGUUUCAAGUGAAUCUAAUGAUGAAGAGGAUGAAAGCGUCAUAAAAGAAAAGGCAUUUGACGAGUUGGCGCAAUACCAGCUUAAAGAUUCGGCUGAUGAAGAACCUGUGAAGGGUAUUAUGGGCAUGAAAUUCAUGCAAGAUGCUAUGAAGCGAGAGAAAAAAGCGACACAACAGUUAAUAGACGACUUUAUAGAAGAUUUGGAAAAUAAUGACUUUAGCGAUGAUGAUGUUGAUGAAAAGGAUAAAAAUAAACAGACAAAAAAAAAUAAUGAUGCAGCAAAGGAUUCAAUAAAAAAUGUAGAUAAUAAUCUUGGAAGAAUGAUAUUUGGUGUUGGAACUAAGGAAAAAGGAGCGCGUUCUGAUGAUUCGUCUAACGCUAGAGUGUCAUUUAAUCAAGGACCAGAUAUCACAACGUUGCCAAAGUCGACUUUUGAUCAAAAAAAAGAUUCUGAGGCAUCAUUGUUUUCGGAGCCAGGAUAUAAUAAUGAUUCAGUAAUUCCGCAGGAUGAAUCGCAACAAAACGAUUCUGAGGAAAUAAACCCUUGGCUUCAACAUGACACCUCUAAGCUAGCGACCUCCAGUAAAAAAGCUAAUAAAAGUAUUAAUAUCAAAAAUAGCAAUAAGCAUGACAAAUUAGCCUCAAAACUCAAUAAACAGAAACGUGGGAUGCAGAUGAAAGAAGAUGUCGAAAUAGACAUGAAUAAAAUUAUAACCGUUCAAGUUGCCGAUAAUACGAAAAAAGAAGUAAAGACAGCAGCAACCGAUAACUCAACCAUCGAAAACGUUAAUGUUGAAUCUGAUAACGACAAUGAUGCUAACGCUGAGGCAAUAAAAAAUUUCGUAAACGUAAAGAAUCCCACUGCGUUUACGCAAAGAGAAUUAGUGGCUCGUGCUUUUGCUAAUGAUAAUGUAGUCGAAGAAUUUGAGUCAGAAAAACAAGCCAUUAUUGAUGAAGAUAUGCCUAAAGAGAAAGACAUAACACUACCCGGUUGGGGAACGUGGGGUGGUAAAGGAGUUAAACCACCGAAAAACAAGAAAAAAAUAAUAGCCAAACCGUUACCAGGUGAAGGUAUUGAUGCUAAAAAACGCCAAGAUGCAAAAUUAAUGCAUGUAAUAAUUAAUGAAAAAAGGAUUAAAAAGGCAAAGAAAUAUCUUUCUACUGAUAUUCCAUAUCCAUUCGAGACCAGAGAACAAUAUGAACGUAGUUUACGUACUCCGAUAGGCAAAGAAUGGAACACUAAUGAAGUAUUUCAAAAAAUGAUAACACCUAGAGUUGUCACGAAAAUGGGUGUUGCCAUUGAUCCUUUAAAUUUGUCUAUUAUGAACCGAUUUACGAGAGCAGAAUUAAAUUCGACAUUUCGUCCCGUAUUACUGAAUAAUGAAACUGUUUUAGCAACACAAGAUAAUGUAGGACUUUAUGAUGGCAACGAAAAGGCAGCUGAUUAUAUGAAAGGAACAGUGUACCUAACUUCACACAGAAUUAUUUAUGUGGAUUCCCAAAACCCGGCCACCAAUUCAAUCGCGGUUGAAAUAAAAUUUAUCAAAGGAAGGGAAUUUUAUGUAAGGAUUUGGCAAGUGAUAGGCUUUGUUAAGUCUUCACCAAAGAUCACUUUACGAUUCUCGGAUACGACCUCUCCCUAUUCUCAUUCUGAUAACCAGCUAUAUCAUAGUUCUCCAUUUUCUUCUGUCACUAAUUUACAAAACACCUUACCACCAACAUCAUCAUCAUGGAUAUGUUCUAUUUGCUCAUUCAUAAAUAGAGAUCCUCAAGACAUUAAAUGCCGAUUAUGUGGUGUUAAACGUACUGCCUCAUCAGCUUUAAAUGCCUCAACUUUAAAUGUUAGAUCUGAUUUUGAGGAUUCUGUUGAUCAACUACAACGCUCACCAUCUCCCAAUAUCCCAACUGAUGAUAUUGGAAUUGCUUGUAAGGUUUGCACAUUUUUGAACCAUCCGAGCAUGAUCAAGUGCGAGAUGUGUGAAGCCGAUUUGAGAACAUUUGAUGUUAGUAAUUUGGACUUUGAAAAUGAUCUCGAGGCUUCAAAAAAUUUUAAAUCUGCCAAGGACAAUAAUUUUGUGAGAUUGGCAUUUCGAGAUGGUGGUUCAAAUGCUUUUUAUGAAAAAUUGAAAUCGGUGAUGGCAGCCAAGGAAUGGGAGAAAGCACAAGAAACGCCAAGUAUAAAAGUGACGUCAGAUUUUGAUCCAGGACUUGGAGGGCUUGUGGGUAUAAUUCGUAACGCAGAACAAAGUCAAAAGGAACAGAAGGAAACGUUGAAUCAGGCUUUUAAAGAUUUGGAUGGUCUAAUGGAGAAAACUUCUGAAAUGGUUAAACUUGCAGAAUCUAUCAGGAAUAAAUUGAGCAAGGAACUAGAUUCAGAAACUUCAACAGACGAAACAUCCGCUUUCAGAACAUAUUUAAUCGAAUUAGGAAUACCAAAUCCUGUAACAAAAGAUUCUGCUGGAUCUACAUACCACAAAGAACUAGCACGUCAACUUGCCGAGUUCCUGGAUAACUUGCUGGAAAAUGAAAAUGGCAUGAUGUCAUUGACAGAUAUUUAUUGUCUUUUUAACCGAGCGCGAGGGGUUGCGUUGAUAUCUCCUGAAGAUCUAUAUAAAGCAUGUUCUCAAUUUGAACAUUUAAAUUUACCAAUGCGAUUAAGAAAAUUUUCUAGUGGCUUGAUGGGACCAUUAACCGCUAUUGAGUUGGCUUCACUGGACAAAAUGAGCGUUUUCUUGAUAAAUGAACAAUUGCAGAUGGUUGAAGAAAAGGGUCUUAUCUGUAAAGAUGAGAGUGUCGAAGGA